CUCCGCUUUUGCUUCUUUCUCCAGUAUACUACUUCAAGUCUCAAGAAGCCCGACGCUCAGAUUGAUCAUCAUGGGUGGUCAGAAUAACAAGGUCGUCGACGACGAGACUGGCUCGGUAGCUAGUUUCGAGGAGGUUGGCCUCAGACACUUGUCGAGGGAUAGCCAGGCCUUGGUUACUGGGGAUGUAUACGGGGACAAGUCAACCACAGACGUGCUCUACGUAUUGCAGUACCUCGGCAUCUCAGGCAAAAUUCUUGAUAUCCAGGAAAGCACCACUCCCUUCAAGGAGAUAGCCGAGUACGGAAAACCCGUAGAUGAUACUUGCAAACGCAGCGCCAGGCCCAUUCUCGAGAUCGUGACCAGGGUGUCGACCGGUGUCAGCCCCAGGCGUCCACUCCGAUCCGAACGUGUCCGUGUCUUUAACGCCGGCGAUGAGGACUACGACUCGAUGUCUUCUGAGAGCGAGAAUGAGGGUCGGGCCAAGCCGGCCAGGGCCGGGCGCACGCAAAUGAUCAUUCACUCCGAGUACCUCAUCAAUGCCCUGAAGGCAGUCGUGGCUUACUAUCCCAACGUCAACCUCCUCGGAAAGAAUGUCGUCAUCGACGCCCCCUACCGUGUCAUUGUACACCAUCUCGAGGCGCUAAAGAGGUAUCGAUACCAUCAGCCUGCCAGUCACUCCUCCGACUACGCUCGCAUGACAGCGGAGCAUGUGGAUGUGCUCCUGAAUUUCAUUGAACAGACGGUAGGAGAGGUUCUUCUCAAGGAAGAGGAGCGACACCAGCGUAGCGUCCCGGUCGCCACUUUCGAGAACUACUGGGUGGCUCUGAAGCCCGGCGAGGUCAUCUUCAUCAAGCAAAAUGACCUCUGGCAGCCACAGGUCAUCAGCAGGGUGUUACAGGAUGUCACAACUGACGGACGCAACCGCCAGAUCCAAGUCGUUUCCUGGUACCUGGAGUUUGACCACAAGCACAUCGUCCGUACGACGGACCAAACCAACAUUCCUUUCUGGACGGGUGAGCAGGUCGUCCAUUCGCUAGACGCCAUACCGGCGCGCCUGUUCCCGGAGGGCCCGGACGCCAUGCUCAAGAAGCAGAUCGAGCUAGGAAAGAUGUACUGGGAGCUACUGCAGCGGCCUACGUACAUGGAAUAUGACGGCAUGCUUGUGCAGUCAUACCCAGGGUUUCGCGGAGGAGGACCUUUGUCUCACGGGUCCUCGGGCUACAUGACCGGACGAGUGAUUUGUGACGCUGAGGGGCACGGCCGACUGAGCAUGCGUGCGCCGGAGAACCGAAACAACCCCCCGAUGCCGCGAGGCAGGCCGAUGCACGUCAUGCCGGGCCAAGCCCCGCCGCCGCCGCAAGACCAUCUGCCUCACUUCCUCCCACGCUGCGGCUGCAAGGAAUGCGAUGUCGAGACCGACCGCACAGACUUCUCGCCGUUUGCCGACUUGGAAGGCAUCAACCCCCAGAAUUCGCCGGCACCGACCCAAGACAUCUUCUACAUCGCGUGUACCCAUGUCAUCCCCGGAUUUCUCCUCGGUGACCGUCGCUGGGGACACCUGAAUCUUGAGUGCCUGCGGCCCGUCGUCACCGACCGCGAGGCCUUCAGGUUUCUCGUCCUCGACGACGAGAUCAAGAUGACGGUCAAGGCGCUCAUCGGCAAGUUCGCGGCGGCCGACUCGGGCAAGGUGUCGCCCUGGGCCAACGACUUCGUCCGGAACAAGGGCGAGGGCCGCAUCUUCCUCCUUCACGGCGCCCCCGGCGUCGGCAAGACGUGCACGGCCGAGUGCGUCGCCGAGCUGACGAACCGUCCGCUCAUCUCGCUGACGUCGGGCGACCUCAGCGUCAGCUCGGGCAGCGUCGAGCGCAACCUCUCGUACUUCCUCGAGCUGGGCCAGCGCUUCGGCGCCCUCGUCCUCCUCGACGAGGCCGACGUCUACCUCGAACGCCGGCGCGCAAAGGACAUUGCGCGCAACGGCCUCGUCUCCGUCUUCCUCCGCGCCCUCGAGUACUAUCGCGGCGUGCUCUUCCUGACGACGAACCGCGUCCAGGCCUUCGAUGCCGCCUUCACCUCGCGCAUCCACGUCGCGCUGCACUACCGGAACCUGACGGACGCCGACCGCGAGCGCAUCUGGGCCAAUAACUUUGAGCGCCUCGACCGGGACUCGGACGGCCGCGUGCGCGUCGCCGUCGCGGCCCGGGAGUACGCGUACGACUCGCGCGACAUCCGGGCCCUGCGCUGGAACGGCCGCGAGAUCCGCAACGCGCUGCAGACGGCGCUGGCGCUCGCCGAGAGCGACGCCGCCGACGAGGGAAGCGACCGUAUCUGCGUCGCCGACAAGCACCUACGGGCCGUCGUCAAGAUGAGCCGCGGGUUCCGGGAUUACCUGCGCAGCGGCGGCGUCUACGACGGCGAGUGCGAGCUUGGCGAGAGCGAGGGCGACGACGACGACGACGAAGAUGUCUACUCUGACUGAA